GCAGGCAAGCCGAUUGGGGUCGAGAAAAGGCUACACAGCAGUUGAGUCAGACUUUGAGAGGGCUGAAGACAGAGUAGGGUAACUUGUCAGCUGGGGGUUGCUGGAGGAUUUGUGCUAGGUCCAGCCUUGCUGGGAAUCUUUCUCCAUCACACGGAUUUCAGGAAGAGCUUGACUGUGGAACAGGGCACCAUGAAGGUUGAGUCACUGCCUGCUCUGACUGAUAACUACAUGUACCUGGUCAUCGAUGAUGACACCAAAGAGGCUGCCAUUGUGGACCCGGUGCAGCCCCAGAAGGUUGUGGAAACAGUGAGAAAGUACGGAGUGAAGCUGACUACCGUGCUCACCACCCACCACCACUGGGACCACGCUGGCGGGAAUGAGAAGCUGGUCAAGUUGGAGCCUGGGUUGAAGGUGUAUGGGGGUGAUGACCGGAUUGGGGCCCUGACUCACAGGGUCACACACCUGUCCACACUGCAGGUGGGCUCACUCAAUGUCAAGUGCCUGUCGACACCAUGCCACACUUCCGGACACAUCUGCUACUUUGUGAGCAAGCCCAACAGUUCCGAGCCCCCUGCCGUGUUCACAGGUGACACCUUGUUUGUGGCCGGAUGCGGGAAGUUCUAUGAAGGGACGGCGGAUGAGAUGUACAAAGCCCUGCUCGAGGUCCUGGGCCGGCUCCCUCCAGACACAAGAGUGUACUGUGGCCACGAAUACACCAUCAACAACCUCAAGUUUGCCCGCCACGUGGAGCCCAGCAAUGCCGCCAUCCAGGAGAAACUGGCCUGGGCCAAGGAGAAGUACAGCGCUGGGGAGCCCACGGUGCCGUCCACCAUCGCGGAGGAGUUCACCUACAACCCGUUCAUGAGAGUGAGGGAGAAGACGGUGCAGCAGCACGCGGGUGAGACGGACCCCGUGACCACCAUGAGAGCCAUCCGCAAAGAGAAGGACCAUUUCAAGGUGCCCCGGGACUGACGUGGCCGUGAGGCCUGGGCGCCUGUGGCUGCUGCCACCUCUGCCUUCAAGCACAUUUGGGUAUUCAGUUGUUAUAGGUGAAUUUCCAGCCAGGACUGCAGGAAAUUCAGUCUCAGAUUAAUUUUAAGUUAAUUUUAGAGCCCUUUGCUUGUGUUAUCAAAUGUUCUAAUGCAUAUUUAUGAGAGAAUAAGUUUAGAAAGUGUUUAUUCCUGGAA